AUGCAGGCGUUCGAGGAGGAGAGCAAGCGCGUGUUGAAGAAGCAGCGGCUGUGUGCGGCGCAGAUCGACCGCCAGCUCGAGGAGCUGCUGACGCACGUGGAGACCACCAAGCAGCGGCUCGAGGAGCGGCAGCAGAAGCUCUGCCGCAAGAAGAACCGCCACUUGGAGGAGGCUCCGACCAGCUCGGCUGGGGAAGGGGAGGAGGGCGGCAGCAACAACGCCCCAGCUACUGCGGCUUCUGCGACUGACGACGACAGGGACAACGCUGCUGCGUCGGGGACGCCGGCCAAUGCGGAGAACACGGAGGCCAAGCAGGACGACCUGGCGGUGGAGGAUCAGGACAACGAGACCGAGUACAUCGUCAGAGACUUUAUUCGACGCGUGCGGCAGCUGAACGUCGAGAAGAACGUCGCGGCGGAGCUCAAGGCGAUCCACGUGCUGCUGUCCAAGUAUUCCAAGCAGAUAGACAAGAACCUAUGCACAGACAUCGCCAAGGUGUGCCACUCGAACGAAUUGGAUCAUAAGCUGGUGUGUCGCCUGGUAGCUGAGUAUCUCUACCAGGACGGGCAAAUUGAGGCGGCGGAUGUCAUGUGCAAGGAAGCAGGACUGGAGCUGCCGUCGACGUAUCGCGAGUGCUUCAUCGAGCUACACAAGAUUUUGAAAGCAAUAAAAGAGCAUGACAUGCAACCCGCACUUGAUUGGGCGCAGAAGCACCGCAAAGAGCUGGGAAGUCUCGAUAUUGACAUCGAGUUUGAGCUCGUCCGGCUCAAGUAUGUGGACAUCCUCGAAUCUUCGCCGGACAUGAUGGAUGCAGUCAACUUCGCCAACAAGGAACUUCCGUACUUCCACCAGACACACGCCGAAGCAGAGGUGGGUGUCCUGAUGAGUUGCGUGCUGUAUAAGGGGAAGCUGGAAGAGUCUCCAUACAAGAAACUCUUCAACGCCGAUCGGUGGGACGAAAUCCACGACGCUGUCAUCCGGGCAUGCUGCCGUCUUCGUCGUGUUCCUUACCGGUCCUAUCUCGAAACAUGUCUGUCAGCAGGUGUAUCUGCACUGCCAGCCAUGCGCAAGCUUGUGUCUGUCAUUGAUAGCAAGCUGACUGACUGGGGCAGCAUGGAGGAGCUCCCUGUGGAGAUCCCGAUUGCGAAAGAGCUUCGCUUCCACAACGUCUUCUCCUGCCCGGUGUCCAAGGAAGAAAGCACGCCAGAUAAUCCACCGAUUUUGCUGAAGUGCGGCCAUGUCAUUUGCCGCUCAUGCGUCAAGCGCUUUUCCUACAACAUGACUCGACGAUUCAAGUGCCCCACGUGCCCCGUCGAGCAAGCGGAAAGUGAAACUCGAAAGCUUUUCUUCUAG